UAUAUAUAUAUAUAAUAUGCUAUUUUUAUAUGGCAGUAAAUCUUGCUGUAAGCUUGAUUUGCCUGAAAACACAUCUACAGCACAGAUUAAACCAUCUCUCAGGCAAUAGUGGGCCAGUAGGUCCUACAGUAGACACUUUCAGUGUUGAAUGGCACUGAAAGUAACUGCAACUUUAAGGCCUAAGUUUGGGUUUCCGUGGAAACUAAAAAGGGAGGGCUGCAAAAGAACAGCCAGAAGGUUUCAAGAGAAAUUUGAAAAAGAGAGAGAACAUUUUGUUAGUUUGUUUCAGAGAAAGAAUAAGACUGUGAUGUGAUGAAUGAGUCCACGGCAGUGAUCGGCGACCACCAGCAGUUUCCACACUCUGUGUUGUCAGCAGCUCGUACAAAAAGUGCUAUGAUUCUUGAAGUCCAGAAGAAACGUAAUGAGGAUAAGGAGCUGAAAGGAGAGAUACUGAUGCGUCACCUGAAGCUGGAGAAUUUACACAAGAAUGUCAAUGAGCUGCACAAGGACCAUGCAGGGGCACGGCAGUUACACUCAAGCUUUGACAUGUUUUUAAAGGAUGAAGAUGCUGCUAAAACUGUGGAGAAGGCAGAGCAGCAGAGGAGAGAGGUGCUUCAGAAGAAAGAGCAGAUACAGAUACUCAAAAAAGAGAAGGCCAAACUGGAGGCCAGGAAACAAAAGCUGCACCAUCAUCUCCUGAGACUUACUGUGUACCAAGUCACGAUUGAGCAGGUGGUGAAAAUGACCAAGUUCAAACAUGCACAGCUGGUGGUAGAUCACUUGGAGAGUCAGUUCCACCUGCGAGAGCAACUCUGUCAGAGGGAGAAAGAAGCACAGGAACAGGCCGAACAGCAGAGGAAAGCUGUGGCCACGCUGGACGACCAGCACAAUCUGAUGCAGCUGCAAAUGAACAAUCAACUGGCCAAGCUGCAGACCAAGCUAGAGGAGACACGCUCUGAAGCAGUAACCUGGGAAAGGAAAUGGAACCACAUACAGGAAACUGCCGCAAAGAAAACACUACUACUGGGACAGAUCAAGAUGGCAACACUCAACCUCUACGAAAUGACGAGUGAUGCGUUGGAAUCAGAAGAAGUUGAAAAUAUGGAGAACACAGAGAAACAGCUGUACAAGAUCCAGAUGUUCAUUCAGGACUACAAGGACAUAGUGCAACAACACACACAAAGAGGAACAGAGAAGAAACUGAGGCACAAAUGCUCUCCAUCUCAGCUACAGAAACAUUUAUAGUCUGAUAAGGACCUAACAUUUUCAAUAGUUUAUUAAACAAGAGCAGACACAAGUGAGAACAGCUAAUAUUCUCCUGAACAAUCAACCGUCAAUCUGACAAGUUGAGUCUGAUGUUUAUCUUUUAGAUACAGGAACCAGCCUUAGUCUUACCAUUAAAUGUUUUUACUUGAAUACAGAAGGCUAUGGUAAAGAACCAAAGAUCACAUACUAAAGAAUAAAUGAUGAAGAGUUUGUCAAAAUAACCUCCAAUAAAUGUAUGUAUGAUUAUUAA